AUGUCGCCACGAGAUAAUACCGUCGGCAUUACCUCGCGCCGCCGCCCCUCGCUAUCACUUCGACCGCGCCCAAGGACUGCUGCGUACCCAAUUGCACUCCCCAAGGAAUACACGUUCGAUCAGUGGCAAAAGGCCUCCCUGGUGGAGGCCUGCGAUGACGAUGCGUCGGCGAUUGAAGAGAUGGAGCCAUUUCCAGAGCCCGCGCCUCGGCGCCGUGCAGCCAAGAGCUUUUCCAGCCUGCGUCAUCCGAUGGAUGGAUUAGUGGCGCUGGGCCGUCGUCUAUCUGUGACUCUCCGCAACAAGUCCUCCAAGCAGAACUUGCGCAUUCCUGGAGAAGAGCAGAAUGACGAGAGCCGCCACUAUAACCACACUGCGAGCCACUCCGGCCACAAGCGCAAUACUGCGUCUGGAAGCUGGGGUACGCGCUCGCGGGCGUGGUCUCAUGGCCCUAACGCCGGCAGCAUCAAUCGCCGCCCGUCCUUGAACAGCGUCUCUGCGCUGCAUGGAUUCUACGUUCCGACGGCGUCCAUCCCGGCUCCUAUUCCAGGCCAUGGAUUUGAGCCUCCCAUCCUGCCGAAUGAUAUGUAUGCGGGGGCGGCGGCUCGCGCCGCUGCGGCUGCGCAGAAUGAACAGAUGGAGUUGGCCAGGCUGGAAAUGGCCAAGAUGGAACGAGACCUGAUCAAGAAUUUGUCGGAUGUGACAUUGACCCAGGAUUCAGAGAGUGGGAUUGGGAUUGAUCUGCGGGAUGACUCGGAACUCACUGACACAGAAUUGGAUAUUAUCCGCAUUGAUCCGGUUUCCUACUUGCCCUCGGAGGUCAUGGCCCACGUGCUCUCGUAUCUGGACCCUGCGUCUCUCAUGGAAGCAGAGUCGGUGUCCCAUUCCUGGCACCGUCAGGCGUCAUCCCCUCAUGUCUGGACGCACGCGUUUCGUGGCGCGUACCCCCGUCGACCGGCCAGUGCCACGACCACAAAGAAGAAGCAGUCCGUCGGCCUGGGCAAGUCCAUUCCCAACCAAGACUGGAAGCGAAUGUUCUUCGUGCGACGAUCUCUCGAGCAACGCUGGAAGGAGGGCAAGGCCGCGGCAAUCUACCUCCACGGCCACCAGGACAGUGUAUACUGUGCUCAGUUCGAUGAGGACAAGAUUAUCACCGGUUCUCGCGAUCGCACGAUCCGCGUGUGGGAUGCUCACUAUCCCUGGUCCUGCCGCAAGAUCAUUGGCCCUCCCCCAGACGAUGUCUCUAUUUCGGGACCUGUGAACAACCCGGCGCAGCAAGCCAUGGGCAAGUCUCCCUUUGCGACUAUCUGCCCGCCAUCCACGCCCUCGGCGGGUAUUGUCGCGCCAAUGGAGCAGCCUGCCGACUAUCACAGUGCUUCCAUCCUCUGUCUGAAAUUUGACGAGGAAAUCAUGGUGACGGGGUCUUCGGAUUACACUUGCAUUGUUUGGGACGUCAAGAAUGACUACCGUCCAAUUCGUCGUCUUGCUGCUCAUCGCGCCGGCGUCCUGGACGUCUGCUUCGAUGACCGGUACAUCGUGUCCUGCUCCAAGGACACCACCAUCUGUGUCUGGGACCGUCACACUGGCGCGCUGCUGAAGCAGCUUGUGGGUCAUCGCGGCCCGGUCAAUGCUGUGCAACUCCGCGGCGAUCUCGUGGUCUCGGCUAGCGGUGACGGCGUGGCUAAGCUGUGGAACGUUACCGAUGGCCACUGCGUCAAGGAGUUCCCUAGCAAGGACCGCGGUCUUGCCUGUGUCGAGUUCAGUGACGACGGUCGAACCAUCUUGACUGGUGGUAACGACCGGACCAUCUAUCAGUUCGACGCCAACACCGGGGAGCUGGUCAAAGAGCUCCGUGGCCACACUGGCUUGAUCCGGUCGCUUCACCUUGACAGUAUGAACAAGCGCAUCGUGAGCGGCAGCUACGAUAUGAGUGUCAAGGUGUUCGACACUGACUCUGGCGAGCUCUCCAUCGAUCUGCCUGGAUGGACUACUAGCUGGAUGUUGAACGUUCAGUCAGACUAUCGACGGAUUCUGGCGACUAGUCAAGAUUCACGGGCCGUCAUUAUGGAUUUCGGCUACGGAUUGGAUGGUAUUGAGCUGCUGGAGGAGUGA